UGAGUGAGGCGCCGUGAGCAUUGUGCGCUCAGCUGUCAGCCACUGCGCCCGUGCCGCACCGUGUUGCGUAACUUUACCGCGCGACCGGCGACUUAUCAACCACAAUAAGAAAGCCAUAGCGUAUAAGCCAAGUUUCGCAAUAAGUCAAUCCUUUUAUGAGACCUUCAACUUCAAUGCCGCCUGAAGCCACCAUUGUGACACGGUUCAAUUGAAUAUGUGUUUUUGUACGGUUCUGUGAUUGAAUUUGUAUGUUAGCGGUACUUUGCCAGCAAGAUGAAGGGAAGAGCUCUUGGCGUUUUGUCAGCAGUGUUGAUAUCAUAUUUCACAAUCACAGGAUGUGCGGAAGAAGGUGGUCGAGUGAAAAGGGUCCGCGCGGACAGUGCCUCGGUCGCCAGGGAGCCUGCGCAGGCGCUGGAUGCACCUGAACCCGAACAGGACGCCGCUCCCGCGCCCCCCGCCUUCCUCAGCCCUUCAGUCAAGGAGUACCUUGAACUUGGCAUGGCAAUACCAGGUAAGCCAGGCACUGACUACCCCGUGCUGGGCGCGGUGCCGUACACCAACUUCUACUGCGACGAACAGCCUUAUCCAGGCUUCUUUGCUGACAUGGAGACGCGUUGUCAAGCUUGGCACUACUGCGACAUCGACGGGCGGCAGGCGUCGUUCCUGUGCCCCAACGGCACGGUGUUCUCGCAGGGCGUGGCGUCCUGCGACUGGUGGUUCAACGUGCGCUGCGCGCUCUCGCCGCAGCUCUACCCGCUCAACGCGCGUCUGUACCGCCGCAGGAAGCAGGCCCGGCCGCAGCCGCACAGGCUCAUUGACAAACAACUCGUUGAUGAGAUAUUCCUCUGAUUAAAAUAUGUUUGAGUUAUUCAUUGUGUGUUUGAGUAGAUGGAUGGGAAAUUUGCAAUGCGAUCGAGAAAGUUAGUCGAGACAAACUGUAGAUACAUGGAUAAUAACAUGUGAAUGAAAUAUGCUUAUGUAAAAGUAAGUUUACAGUGUUGCCAACUUCUAGUUUUUUUAUCCCAAGAAGUUGCUAGAAGUAGCUAAAUGUGAAUGUAAAUUAUGUAGGUAGUUACAAAAAAUAUAUUUGAAAUAUGUAACUAAAAAAAAAAUAAUAUGACAAUUGUAUUAACUGUCACAAAAAAUAGCUAGAUCUAGCUAAAAAGUGAAAUGGUAAUACAGUGUAGUAGGUACUCCGUUACUAAUUUCAUGAGUUUAUCUAAAAAUACGUGGUGUUGUCACCACACUGUUGCCACUUUUACCACACUGUGUGACUGUUAUUCAGGCGAAGAAUUAUUACUAUCCUUCCUAGAAAUUGUAAUUUUACUGAUUCUGUUAUGUGCAAUAAAGUUGAAAUAAAAAAAUAAAAAU